AUGGUGGAUGGCUGUGCCCUGUCCCAGCGCCAGACCUACGCACAACUGCGUGAGAGUCUAGGACUGGGUCCACCUGGUACUGGCAAACCUCGUGUGAGAACGAAGAAGAAGAAGGAAGAAGAACGUAAGGCCAAGGAGAGGGCCGAGCGCGAAGCACGUGAACAAGAGGCCGUGCAGCAAAAAUUGGGGGUUAGAUAUCCCCUGAAGUGGCAACGAUUUUAUAUAGAGAUUGGGAAUACAUGGGAAUUAUGA